AUGUGCUGGAUCGGACGCUGUUACUACAAUGGGUUCGGCGUGAAGGAAGACGACACGAAGGCGUUCGAGUGGUUCGAAAGAGCGUCCGGGUGCGGGCACGCCGAAGCUACCUACUACCUCGCGGGGUGCUACGUGGAGGGCCUUGGCGUGGAGAAAAAUAUAGUGAAGUCGCUCGAGCUGUACGUCAAAGCGGCCGAGUUGGGUGAAAAAGGGGCCGCGUAUGAGCUCGGGAUCAUCUACCACUGCGGCCGGUGCGGCGUGGCGGUGAACAAAACGGAGGCGUUGAAGUGGUACCGCGUCGCGGUGGAGCUCGGCGACACCUUCGUGCAAGGCGCUGUGACCAAACUCGAGGCCGAGCUCGCGACGGCGUGA